CACACGCGCCAGCAACUCGCCGCGCGAUAGCGAUUAUGACGUUACGGACGGUGACGCGCGCAUCCGCUGACCGUCGAUCGUACCUGUGCCUGUUGCGCGUCGUGCGCUGUCGGUGGCGGUCGGCACCGUCGGCUCGGCGCGGCGGACCAGUAGCCACCGCCGACCGCCAUCCAGCCAUCAGUGGAGUACAACGCAGAGAAGGUGAACGUCAGGCAGAAGAUUGUGUUGGAGUAAUUUUUUUCCAUCUUAGUUCGGGUCUUCUUCGUUUUAACAAUAAAAUGGCGGAACAAGUCAGUGAAAAGAGGAAUAGACGGCCGCCGAAGAAGCCUGUGGCCCAAAAGCCGGUCAUAUGUAUGAAAGUCACCGGCGUAGUUAAACGUUUCCACAUCAAACCCGGUUAUGGUUUUAUUAUCCGUAAUGAUACAAAAGAAAAUGUAUUUGUACAUCAGUCUGCAAUAAUCAAAAACAAUCCGAACAAAAUUGUACGGAGUCUUGCUAUUGGAGAAACCGUAGAAUUUGACGUUAAACAAAGUAAAAAAGGUUAUGAAGCAGCAAAUGUUACUGGUCCUAAUGGGGAUGCAGUAAAGGGAUCACCUUAUGCAGCUGAUAAAAAGAAGAAUAACUAUGGUCAGUGGUCUUAUGGACGUCGUCCCAAUACCCUUCCAAGAUAUGGAGGUCAACCCUCAAGAAAUAGUAGUCCAAGUGGUGACAAGGAUGAAACUAUAAAUGAAGUAGGAGAACAACAAAGACAUUACCGCCAGCCGUAUCAACCGAAUUGGUAUAAUAGCUAUUGUGGACAUCAAAGAGGUCCACCACUAAAUAGAGGGGAAGGUGGUGAUUACAAUAGUGGAGAUAACUACGGAUAUGAUAGUUCACCUUCUGGUAGAGGUAGAUGUCGUGGUAUGGGUGCUCCUAGGCGUUUCUUUAGACAAGGCAGUGGAUUUGGAGGGAUCCAUGGAACAGGAGGUCCACCCAGAACAUCGGUUUAA